AAUAACAGGCCACCCUCUCUCCUGACUAUUUUGAACCUUUCUUUCGUAGAUCUAAUGGCAGUAUAAAUAAAAACACAAUUAUUAAAUUAACACCUAACAGCACACCAAAAAAAAAAAAAACUUAAUAUAACGAAAAUAGUUUAUCCAAAAUUUGAAGCUGCAAAACUAGAGAGAGAAAGAGAAAUAUUUCACUUCCAUUCCACGCAAGAGUCUCAUCUACUAUCACUUGUCACCUCCUUCUAGGGUUUAUUUCAAGGUCUUCAAAUUUCCAGUUUUGCCAUUUCAAAUUCGUUACUUGAAAGAAAUUAAGUGCUCCAUUUCACUCCAAAUUUGAUGGAGGAGGAUUGAUGAUGGGCAUGUGGUUACAAAAUGUAACAUGAUAGAUGAAUACAUGAUACAGUUGUUUGAUUUUGGAUGGUAUGGAUGAAGGAUUUGGGUGAUGAAGUGGCUUCCAUGGACAUGGCAGAGGAGGCACACCUCCAAGGUAAAGAGAGCGAGUAUUCUAUGAAACCACCUGAAAGCUCCAACUUGUUGGAAUCUCGUGAAACAGUUAUAGCCAGUGCUGGUGAUUACCCUGAGAGUUCAUUUCAUGUACUUGCUGAUGUGUUGGAGGGAAAGAAUGGAAAUAGGAGUGCAAGCAUUCCUAUGGAUGCAUCCAAACAGCCAUGUUCUAGCCCUCGCUCUAUGGAUGAUGCUGGGAAUAUGGUUGAAGAAUUAAUGGUGAAAAAUUAUGAUGGUUCAAACUUAGUCGUUGUUGGUACCUCAAACAAUAGGGAAAGGAUGCAGGCCAGGCAGAGCCAGUGGCCGCAUCUUUAUCAAAUUGGAGGGGGAUCAGUAACUGGGAUUUCUUGUAGUAAUACCUUGUAUAGGGACAGUGGUCAAGCAUUGUUAGAUGUGCAGCACCCAUCUUCAUCUGAUACUCUGGUUCAAAAAACCUUGAGCAAUGAAAGAAAUGAAGUCUCAGAACAAUUGGUGCAUACUGACUUUAAAGGGUUGUCAGGCAAUGUGAGUUCAAAUGGUAGUUUCCGGACAAAGAUUCUUUCAAAAUCAGGAUUUUCUGAGUUUUUUGUCAAAAGCACCUUGAAAGGUAAGGGGAUUAUUUAUAGAGGGCCGCCACAUAAUAGCUUGAAACUUGGGCCAAGAGACCAGAAUAAUGAAAGGUCCGCGGGUGGCACUUCGGCAGCUUCUGAUACUCCUUUGAACUUGAGUGCUAAGACUGUAACGAUGACUUCUUCAUAUGGUAUCACUGGGCCGAGCCCAAGUGGUCCUGAUCAUGAUGGAGUGAGUUUGAGGAAAUGGCUGAAUGCUGGACGGCUGAAAGCAAGUAAAGUUGAGAGAUUGCAAAUAUUUAGACAGAUUGUUGAUCUAGUGGAUUAUUCUCACUCUCAAGGAGUUGCCUUGCCUGACUUGUGGCCAUCCAGCUUCAAGUUGUUGCAAUCAAAUCAGGUUAAAUACCUUGGUUCAGCUGUCCCAAGAGACAUGUUAGAAAGUUCCAUGGAUCAAUAUACACCCUGCUCCAACAAUCAUGUGGUCAGGAGAAGGCCAUUGGAACAAGGAAUGUUUUCUUUUGUUACUGCAUUUGCCAAGAAGCAGAAGUUUAGUGAGAGCAUGAACCAUAUAAGUAGCUGGCCUCAGUUCUCUACAAAACAUAGCUUGAAACUUGAAUCUACAAGUGAUGGGGGUGUCGAUACAAAUGUCUCACAAGAUUCACAAAAUGAAGCUACUGAACAUAACCAUGACACAGAAUAUGGGAUUAAGGCCAAGUCCAGCAGCCAUGAGCCAUCUAAAUCGUUGACCUCUAUUGUUGACCGGCUGGAAGAGAAAUGGUAUACAAGUCCCGAGGAGUUCGAUGAUGGCAUCUGCAGGAUUGCAUCAAAUAUUUAUGGUCUUGGAAUUCUACUAUUUGAGUUGCUUGGUCGUUUUGACUCUGACAGAGCACAAGUGACAAUAAUGUCAGACCUUCGUCACAGGAUUCUUCCUCCUCAAUUUCUAUCUGAAAAUCCAAGGGAAGCUGGAUUCUGCCUUUGGCUACUUCAUCCUGAACCUUCAUCACGCCCAUCAACAAGGGAAAUCCUACAAUCUGAAUUGAUUAAUGGAUUGCAGGAGGUGUCCGAAGAAGAAUUAUCAUCCUCUAUCAACCAAGAUGAUGCUGAAUCAGAACUAUUGUUUCAUUUCCUUGUUUCAUUGAAGGAACAGAAGCAGAACCAUGCCAGUAAGUUAGUGGAAGAUAUCAGGUGCUUGGAUACUGAUAUUGAAGAGGUUGGUAGGAGAAACUGCUCAAAGAAACACUUGCUCCAUUAUUGCUUAGAGAAUGACUUUCUAAAUGCAAGGAAACCUACCUCUGAAAUUAAAGAACCUUACAGGGUGGAGGCAUUUUCUCAAGUGUCACCUGAUUUUAAGACAAAUGAUAUGAGGUUGAUGAGCAAUAUCAGUCAGCUUGAAAGUGCUUAUUUCUCCAUGAGAUCUGAAGUCCAGCUUGCUGAGACUGAUGCUACCAUUCGACAAGAUAAUGAUUUACUGAGAAUUCAUGAGAACUGGUAUAUAGAACAAGAGAGUGAAGAAACACAGAACACCACUGAUUGCCUUGGAUCCUUUUUUGAUGGUUUGUGCAAAUAUGCUCGUUAUAGUAAGUUUGAAGUACGUGGGCUACGAAGAACUGGGGACUUUAGCAAUUCUGCAAAUGUUAUUUGUUCUUUGAGUUUUGACCGUGAUGCAGACUAUUUUGCUGCUGGUGGAGUAUCAAAGAAAAUAAAGAUAUUUGAUUUUAAUUCACUCUUUAAUGACCCUGUUGAUAUUCAUUAUCCAGUUAUUGAAAUGUCAAACGAGUCAAAGCUCAGCUGCAUUUGCUGGAACAGCUACAUUAAGAACUAUCUGGCUUCAACUGGAUAUGAUGGUGUUGUGAAGUUGUGGGAUGUGAGUACCGGUCAAGGGGUUUUUCAAUACAAUGAGCAUGAAAAGAGAGCUUGGUCCGUGGACUUUUCUCAAGUAUGCCCAACAAAAUUAGCCAGUGGUAGUGAUGAUUGUUCUGUGAAGCUAUGGAGCAUUAAUGAGAAACAUAGUAUAAGCACAAUCAGGAAUAUUGCAAAUGUUUGCUGUGUGCAGUUCUCUUCUCACUCUACUCAUUUACUGGCCUUUGGAUCUGCGGAUUACAGAACCUAUUGCUAUGAUCUUCGGAACACCAGAGCCCCCUGGUGUGUGUUGGUUGGCCAUGACAAAGCUGUGAGCUAUGUUAAGUUCUUGGACUCUGAAACUGUUGUGACUGCAUCCACUGACAAUUCACUAAAGAUUUGGGAUCUCAAUAAAACCAGCUCUAGUAGUUCAUCUGCCAGUGCUUGUAGCGUAACCCUUGGUGGGCACACUAAUGAGAAGAACUUUGUGGGUCUAUCUGUUGCCAAUGAUUACAUAACAUGUGGUUCAGAAACAAAUGAGGUUUUUGCUUACCAUAGAUCUCUACCUAUGCCAAUCACUUCUCACAAGUUUGGCUCAAUCGAUCCUAUUUCUGGAAAGGAGACAGAUGAUGACAAUGGGCUGUUUGUUUCAAGUGUCUGCUGGAGAGGGAAAUCUGACAUGGUUGUUGCUGCCAAUUCAAGUGGGUGUAUAAAAGUAUUGCAGAUGGUUUGAAGCAAAGUAGCCAUCUGGGGUCAAUCAAGAAACUGCAUUCGUGUGACUUGUUGCAUGGGGAUCAGAGCCUUUUCUGGAAGGCAUAUUCAUAAACUGAAACCGCAAAAUUUGCUUGGCAAUAUCUUUGAGCACACAAUUGUGUCAUCUGCUCUACAGCCUCUACUUGCUGAGUGCCAUAGGGUUUCAGUUGGCUGAACUGCACUUCACCUAGAGCAGCAAAUUCCGAUUCCAGAUCUCCUGAUAAGAAAGAUCAGAUACAAGCUCUGAGAUAUUUACAGGUGAAAGCACCUGAAUAUCGUAUUGUUUAAGAGGGGACAUUGGUUGUAAAUAUAAAAAAAAAUUGAUUGAGAUCAAGGUGGUAUCAAGAUGAGCUGGAUUGAAAUAAAAUUCUCAAAGCCAACAUCAGGCAUUGAGAUGCUACAAGUUACGUUGGUGACAAGGUGUCUGACCAAUUUCGGCAUCUGGGAAAUGGUUUGCAGCCCUUGAAAGUUUUGGCAAGGACCUCCGUAUGCACUCUUGAGUUUUGAAGUCCUGUUUAAUAAUGAGCCAGGUUUGAAGCAAAUUGGAAAUUUAGACCAAUUCCAUCUAUUUCCUUGUAUUUACGGAUUAAAUUUUGGAAGUGUAAAAGCUUGAUCUUGUAAAUUUCAUAGAAUACAAACUGUGUAUAUGAUAAUAUUGUUUUAAAAGAUUAUUUUAAUUGUAAUGUCGCUAGUUCAAUUUGGAGA